CUGGAGUCGAGGCAGAGCUGGGGGAGCCAUGGCCGAGCCGCAGGAGCAGUUACUGCAGCUCCAGAAGGAUAAUCGAGAUGGCCGCAUGCGGAAGCAGGAGCUGGAGGAGUUGGUGCGCGGUCUCGAGGCCGAGAGCGAGAGCCUCACCGGGCGCCUACAGGAACUGCGCGAGCGCGAGCGCAGUCUGCAACGGAGGCGGAGCCAGGCGGCUGGGGCUCUACGAGGGGAAGCGCGCGAGGCGGCGCGAGAGCGUGCGGAGAGGACGCGUGAACUGCUGGAGGCGGCGGAGCAGCACAAAUUGGACCUGGAGCAACACAAUCAACAGUUGCAGGAGCAGUGGGAGGAACUGUCAAGUCAGGUAUGUGCAGGGAAUGGGUUGGCCUCCAGUCUUGGUUCUACUCGAAUGUCCCGCUCUGGUACCUGCCGCUGUUGCCUCCCAGUCUCUGCCCCCACAAAGUACCCCCGCCUCAAGAGGCCCCGUAAAUCCCGCCCUCACAAGCCCCGUCCCCAGCUCUUUUACUACGGUGGGGAACAACGGAAUCAGCAGCGCGCGGAGCAGCAGCAACUCGGGACGCAACUGUUGGCACUGCAGAAACAGCUGGAAGUGGUGGAGGCCAAGUACGCCAUGCAGGCGGAGGACUUACGGCAGGGUGCGCAGCGGACCGAGGAGGCCUGGGCCAGCUUCCAGGAGCAGAGUGGAGUCCUUCAGGAGCUGCAGGGGAAGGUGAUGGAGGCGGCGGCUGCGCUGGACACCUCGCGGGGCGGCCCAGAACCGUGGGACUCUCAGCUUCGCCGGGUGCAGGACUGCUCUGGCUCGCUGAUGGAGGAGGUGGCCAGGGCCGAUUGUGAGAAGCGGCUGUUGGGCGGCACAGGGGCCGGAGGCAUCAGCGACCCACCCUGGCACUUCAGAGUUGAUAACGGUUCUACCAGGAGGGCCUGCGUCCAGGAAGGAGCUCCGGGUCCCAGGCCUUGGGUUGGCCUUCUCCACAGCCUCGGUUGCUGCACUCACUAGCCAAGUCCGAAGUUGGUCUGCAAUUUAUUAGUGAAUUUGCCUGGGCCUAAGGGAUUAGGAGGAGGCGCUGGUAGGUCAGAUUUUUUUUUUUUUUUUUUUUAUGGAGGUCUGUGAUUCCUUUGGAUCCACUGCUAGUAGUUAUUUAGGUCCCCAUAGCAUCCUUUGGUUCUCUCUGGGUAGGAUCCCCAUCCUGGUGGCCAUUAAGUGUUCCUUCCUGUGGCAGCUUUGCUUUCUUUGCCCUGGGCAUAGCUACUAGUGCGUUCUCAGACUGCCGGCUUCCUGUGGAAUUUUUUUUUUAUUUGUGAGAAAUUAUUAGUGGAAAUAAGCCAUUUCUAUUU